ACGCCUCCAAGCUGAAUUUGCUGUUUCUGCCUUCUCAAAGGUCAAGUGACUUGGAAUUAGUUUUGGACAUUAGAGAUUUAAAUAUGCCAAAGGAGAGAAGAAAUCGUUCCCUUUCUUCUGAUAGGUGUAGCAGAUCCCCCUUCUGUAACCAAUCAUCACCCAAAUUCCCUUCAGAAACUGAGGAAAAUCUAAAGGAAUGGGAAGAUGCCAGGUGCCCUGUCUGCAUGGAGCAUCCUCACAAUGCAAUUCUCCUUGUAUGUUCUUCCCAUGAAAAGGGUUGCUGUCCAUACAUGUGUGAUACAAGUUCUCGCCACUCUAACUGUUUUGAUCAGUUUCGCAAGACAUUUUCAGAUACUGCUGCUACAGUACCACAAGAUCCUCAACAAGAAGGAGCUCAGCUUGUAACCACAGAUGCAGCUGCAACUUCAGAAUCAACUGUCUCUGAGUUGCAGGAAGAAAUGACCGAGGAAGGGCCCUCCACCCCAUUUACUGUCUCAUGUGAGAAGCAAGUGCUCUCCAAACUAGUGUGCCCUCUAUGUCGUGGUGAGGUAAAAGAUUGGGUUGUUGUAGAGCCUGCUCGGCAUUUCAUGAAUGCCAAAUCUAGAAGUUGUUCCUCUGAAACAUGUAAUUUUACUGGUUCCUAUAAAGACCUGAGGAAGCAUGCAAGGCUUGAGCACCCUUCUGUGCGACCGUCAGAGGCUGAUCCUGAGCGACAGCGGAAUUGGAGGAGGUUGGAGCGUCAAAGAGAUCUUGGAGACUUGCUCAGCACGCUGCAGUCUUCAUUUGGGGAGGAGAGGGCUGAUGACAGCAUAUUACCAAUUGAUGAUGGAAGUUGGCUCACUGUCUUUUUCCUUAUACGAGUGUUCCAACCAGGGUCUAGUCCCAGGAGCAGCAGUUGGUCUGGCACCUCGGGGGCAAGAGCUCAACUGAGAAUUAGGAGGAGAUCCACCAGACAUUGGGGAGAAAGCUAUGAUGGGGAAACUGGACCUACCAGAGACGAGGACGAGUCCUCAGAUGGUGGAUCAUUUCCUUGGAGGCGAAGUGUAAGGCGACGGACUUCUCCCGAUAAUCAUCCAUGAUUGUGAUUGUAUCUUUAUUGUGCUCAGUUUCUUCUUUGCGUGUGAGAGUUUUAAUCGUUGGACAAGGAGAGGAAUACAUAAAGUCCAUUGCUCGAGUGUCUUUGUAUCUGUUGCACACAGGGUGCAACAAAGAUGGUCCCGAGUUGUUUGCUGUUUUAUCAAAUGAGUGGGGAAAAAUUAAGGUAUCUGGGAACUUAAAAUCAUGCAGUAUACCCUUUUUUUAUUCACAGCAAUUUAUAUUUCUGUGUUAUGGUCGCAAUA